AUGUCGACAUUCGGCCGUGCGUUCAGAGUUACAACCUACGGUGAGAGCCAUUGCCCCUCGGUAGGAUGCAUCAUCGACGGCUGCCCACCCGGGAUGAAACUUACGGAAGCGGAUAUACAACCACAACUCACUAGAAGAAGGCCUGGCCAGUCAGCUCUUACAACGCCAAGAGACGAAAAAGAUCGAGUCCAGAUACAGUCAGGAACGGAGUCUGGCAUCACGCUGGGAACACCGAUUGGGCUCAUGGUGAAGAAUGAGGACCAAAGACCGCACGAUUACAAGGGCGAUACUAUGGCUGGAUUCCCUCGCCCGAGCCACGCAGACUACACUUACCAAGAGAAAUACGGGGUACGAGCCAGCAGUGGAGGAGGUCGAAGCUCUGCCCGCGAGACUAUAGCUCGCGUGGCUUCCGGUGCCAUCGCCGAAAAAUACCUGUCUCUCGUCCAUGGCGUCGAAAUUGUUGCUUUUGUCUCAUCAGUCGGCAACGAAGAGCUUUUUCCACCCACGUCUACACAUCCAACACCAUCUACAAAUCCUAUAUUCCUCAAGCUCCUUGACACAAUAACCCGCGAAGAAGUCGAUCACCCGGAUUAUCUCCCCGUCCGGUGCCCCAAUAAAGAAGCCGCCACCCGCAUGUCCGACAAGAUCGCAGAAUUCAGAGACAAGAAGGACUCAAUAGGAGGCACCGUCACCUGCGUAAUACGCAAUUGCCCUGUUGGCAUCGGCGAGCCAUGUUUCGAUAAGAUAGAAGCCUGCCUUGCGCAGGGAAUGCUCAGUAUACCCGCAACGAAAGGCUUCGAGAUCGGUUCUGGAUUCGGAGGCUGCGCAGUUCCAGGCUCUCUCAACAAUGACGCCUUCGUUUCCUCAGUCCCAGUCGCUCCAAGCCAAUCUGGUGUGGAUGCUUCGCCCGAUGCACCGCCAGAACCCAUCACAAAUGGGGCUAAACCCCGUUCGAAUCGCCUCAAAACAAAGACCAAUAACUCCGGAGGAGUGCAAGGUGGUAUAUCAAAUGGAGCCCAUAUCUACUUCCGAGUGGGCUUUAAACCGCCAGCAACCAUUGGACAGGCACAGAAUACUGUCGAUUUUGAAGGCAAAGAGGGCGUUUUGGAGGCAAAGGGCCGGCACGAUCCCUGUGUAGUGCCUCGUGCGGUAGCAAUAGUUGAGGCAAUGGCUGCAUUGGUGGUCAUGGACGCGGUUAUGACCCAAAGUAGUAGGCAGUCGAUGCGGGACGCUCUCCAAGACCGUGGAUGA